AUGUCCAGCCUCCAGACGCCUCCAGAUUUGAAAAUUAUACCUGCUCUAGAGAUGAAAGGAAAGGAUAGGCGGCACGUGUGCGGAAGGACGGGCGAGGGGGAAGGGACGGUCGAGCGAUUAACUACUUCAGUAGAAACUACUGAAAGUGAGAAUAUAGAAGAAGCUGUGGAGGAAACUGAAGAACUAAUUAAUUUAGGUGAGAAUUCUCAGCCCGACCAGGAGCUUGAGGAGGUGGACAUUUUUGAAGUUGGGAGAGAUGGAAUUCUUUCACCAACACCUUCAAUUCCGAAUCGUCCAGGAUCUUCUCAUUCACAACAGUCCACUCCAUCCUUUCGUCAAGAGAAAACAAAAAUACAUGAGAAAAUGGCAAGAGCAAUUGACAGUUUCAAUAAAAUAUGUGAGGCAAGAAAUCAAACUGCCCUCCAACAAAAAAACGAAGGUGAUAUGAACUUUAUGAGAUCAAUUGUAGAGGACAUGCAGAUACUAAUACCAUCUAAAAGAGUUAAAUUUGAAAGAGAAAUUAUGGACUUGCUUGUCAAGUACAUUGAUGAUGCAGAUUAUGACUAGGAUAUGUAGUGAAUAAAUAUGUGAGAUGUUCAAAAACUUGAUAUAUUCUUGACAAAACUUAUAUUCUAAAUGUGUGAAAUAAACUAUAAUUACAA